AUUGAAUACAUAUAGAAAUCUUUUGUGCUAAACUUUGAUAUCAUUGAAGAAAAAUGGAGAGUAGUCCACCAUCUUCAACAACUCCAAAAGCGGAGAGAAAGAUUGUAGAGAAGAACAGAAGGAAGCAUAUGAAGACUCUCUACUCCAAGCUUUACUCUCUUCUCCCAAAUCAUAGCUCCAAGGAGGUACUCCCACUGCCCGAUCAAAUAGAUGAAGCUGAACAAUACAUAAAAAGCCUGCAAAAAAAACUGGAGAAGAGCAAAGAAAAGAAGAAGUACUUGAUGGGAAGAAAAAGACCACACGCAUGCAUUGAAAGCCAUGAAACAAAUACUAGGACCCUAAAAUCACCUCAAAUUGAGAUUCAAGAAAUGAGUCCCGGUCUAAAUGUAGUUUUCAUCAAUGGGUUACCAAAUCAAUCCAUGUUUUAUGAGAUUAUUCACAUGAUUCACCAAGAGCUCGGUGCCGAGGUCAUAAAUGCAAGUUUUUCAGCAGUCGGAAAUUCCAUUCUUCAUGUAGUGCAUCCUCAGAUUGACGCGUCCGCGUUUAACUAUGGAACAACGAGGUUGUCUGAGAGGCUAAAAGUGUUUGUUCAUGGAUCUACCAGCGAAGAAAAGUCACAGUCGACAGAAGAACUAUGGGACUUUGAAAUCCUUCCUGAGAUAUGGGACUUUGAAAUUCUAAUGUAA